GUUCGGAUGAAAAAUGACCGGCCCGGAACCAUGAUGUUGGAUCAUGGAGGCUCUUAUACACAUUGUCAUCAGGACUCACGCAUCACACGCCCACAUAGUCAGAAAGAUCAGAUAGAUACGAGAAGACGUCUCAAACGCUACAGUUGACGCAAUGAGCAGAAAUGUCGUAUUGAUCACUGGCGGAGGCGGUUGGCUGGGCAAUGUUCUCGCAGGACAGUUGUUAGACGACCCAGAGACUCCCAAUAUCCAUCUCAUCCUCGCGGAUAUCGUUGAGCCCAAACCUCCCAAAGAAGCCAAGAACUGCAUCUGCGUCAAGGCUGAUUUGACGGAUCCUAGCGAGAUGCAAAAGCUUCUGAGAACGGAGUAUGGGGUACCGGAUACGAUCUACUGUUUCCACGGGAUCAUGUCGAGAGGAUCAGAGGAUAAUUUUGACCUGGGUUUGAAAGUGAACAUCGAUUCCAUACGAUACCUCCUUGAUGCCUGUCGGAAUGUCACCACAUCAUCUGGUGAUCUCAUCAGGUUCAUCUUCACUUCUUCUCUCGCUGUCUACGGUGGUGACCUGCCCGAGAUCGUCACGCCAGAUACUAUCGCUACACCCGAAGGGGCCUACGGGACCGGAAAACUCGUCUCGGAACUUUUGGUCAACGAAUAUACCAGACGAGGUCUGAUCGACGGCCGUAUACUCCGCUUACCGACCGUCGUUGUUCGACCUGGUUCGCCUAGCGCGGCGACAUCAGCCUUCAUAAGUGGGAUCAUCCGCGAACCGUUACAUGGGCAAAGAGCCAUCUGUCCAGUCGGCACGGGCCCAGAGGACGACGCACUGAGCCUUGCAGCUUGGGUCGCUAGUCCAGAGACGACCGUUGAGAAUUUCGUGAUUGCGAAACAUAUUCCCGCCGAAAAGUUCAAAAGACACUCGAGAACAGUCUACCUGCCUGGUUUCACAACAACCGUGAAGGAGGAGCUGGACGCAUUGGUUGAAAUCGAGGGCGAAGAAGCGCUGAAGUUGCUGGAUUUCAAGGAUGAUCCGACCAAUCGCCGUAUCGUCAGCUCUUGGCCUGCAAAAUUCGACAACACCUAUCCGACCAGUCUGGGUUUUAUCGUCGACGAGGGAGGCAUGUUGCCGAUAGUCAAACGAUUCAAAGAGAUGGUCCAGUCGGGGCUGGUGUGAAGAGGAAGG